CAUGUACAUUAAUGGUUUUUGUUUUGAUAUGAUUGACAACUUGCAAUGUUAACACUUAACAGUGAAUGUGAUAAGUGAUAACUCUUAUUUAUCAAUUGCAUUUUGAACGUCAAUGUGGUAUAACAUAAAUGAAAAUCUCAACAUGUCAAAUGAUAAAAUAAUCGAAACGUUACAAGAAAACGUUCUCAUUUUAAAACUCAAUAGACCUAAGAAGAAAAAUGCAUUGGAUAUUGACAUGUUUGUACAAAUCACGAAAGGCCUAAAUAAAGCAGCAACUGACGAAAAUAUAAAGAUCGUGGUUUUGACUGGAGCUGAGGACUUUUACAGCAGUGGUUUCGAUUUGUCCUCGGAACGUGGGAAUAAUUUAUAUGUUGCAUUGGAAGCGUUUAUUAAAUCGUUUAUAACGUUUCCAAAGUUGCUGAUAGCGAUUGUGAACGGUCCGGCUAUCGGUAUAGCGGCCACGACUUUGGCAUUAUGUGAUUUGGUUUACGCCUCUGAGAACGCAUAUUUUUACACGCCUUUCACAAAAUUGGGUGCGGCGGCAGAAGGAUGUUCCUCAGUAACAUUUCCGAGAUUAAUGGGCGAAAGGAAGGCAAUGGAAAUGUUGAUUCUAAACUAUAAAAUGCCGGCUAUAGAAGCACUUGAAUACGGUUUCAUAAAUAAAGUUUACAAAUUAGAGGAACUACAGAAAAAGUCAUGGGAAACAAUAAGAACUAUUUUAAAUCUUCCCCAACCUUCAGUGUUGUAUACAAAAAAGUUGUUGAAGACAGCUUCAGUGGAAGAGUUAUUGAGAACCAACGAGAUUGAAUUAUCUGUUUUACGCAAAUUGAAUGGUGUAGGAAAAAGUAAACUAUGAAUAAAAUCUAUAUUAUUAUUGUCUUUUAA